UUUUGAGUUAACAAAAAGUUGUAACUUAUUGAUUGAGAUUUUCGUAAAAGCCAUUCUUCAUGCCAAGUCAACAAUGGCCAUUGGCUAGUACCAAUCUUUUUACUUUUCGAUAGAUAAAAAGCAAAUGGCUUCGUGCUUGUCCUCUUUUUUCUUUUCUUCGAUUUUCCUAAUCGUGUAAUCUUAUGAUAUUAAUAACAGAAGAAUCAUAAUUAAGCGCGUUAUAUUAUUCCAUCUCUUUCUCCGAUUCUCAUAUCUUUUAAUCGUUUGAUCUGUGAACCUAACUUUUAUUCAAUUUCGCUUUCACCAAAUCCAGAGCUAAGAUCUUCAGAUUCGUGGGUCAAAUAAUGUGGUCAAUGGGUUUGAUAAGGCGUACGGCAAUGUCCAAUGCCAUUAGAGCUUCUUCGCAAAGGACAUGGCUUGGUCACGGUGGAUUAAGAAGCUGCGUCACCGUCAAAACACCGUCGGAGGAUGAAGAGGAGAAGAAGAAAGAGAUAACUAUAGCGGAAGCGAAGAAGCUAAUGAGGCUUGUGAAUGUUGAAGACAUGAAGAAGAAGCUUGUUGGUGUGGCUGAUAGAGAUGUUGUCUCUUACUCUACACUUUUAGAAGCUUCUCAAGGAAUGGGUAUCGCUAGAUCUCCCGAUGAAGCUCAUGUCUUUGCUCGUGUUCUUGACGAUGCUGGCGUUGUCUUGAUCUUUCGUGAUAAAGUCUAUCUUCACCCAGACAAGGUGGUGGAUCUGAUUAGAAGAGCGAUGCCUUUGGACCAGAAUCCAGAGGAAGAUCAAAUCAAGGAAGAAUUCAACAAAUUGAGAAUCAUGAAAGAAGAGAUUGAUGUUUUGGCUCAUAGACAAGUGAGGAAGAUUCUUUGGUGUGGUUUAGCUACUUCGAUGGUUCAAAUUGGACUCUUUUUUAGAUUAACUUUCUGGGAAUUCUCAUGGGAUGUGAUGGAACCAAUCACUUUCUUCGCUACAGCGACUGGAAUCAUUGUGGGUUAUGCUUAUUUCUUGAUGACUUCGAGAGAUCCGACAUAUCAGGAUUUCAUGAAGAGGCUCUUCUUGUCGAGACAGAGGAAGUUGUUGAAGAGUCAUAAGUUUGACUGCGAGAGGUUUAAGGAAUUGGAGAGGUUAUUUAAAAUGACGUCGUCUUGUCAUGCAGCUGCGUCUAUAAGGAAUCGUGUUGGAUUAGAACUUGAUCUCGAGGAUGCUUUGCAGAGUCGCAGGGACUGAUUAUUAUGAAAAACUUUCUUCAUGUCCUCCGGUGGUUCAUCAAACUGAAGAAGAAGAUGAUCAGUCCUUGCAAAAGAGUGACAAAGAUUGUUUUCCGUCAUCUUCUUCUACUUCUUAUACAUAAGUAACCAUUGACAUUGUUUAUUACAGUGACGAUAACAGAUUUUAAAUGUUCUUUUUAAUACGGAAGUUUUGGUGUAAAGAACCAUUUUCUUUAUUUUCGUAUAUAGAUUAUUGGCCUUGUUUCACACAAAUACACACAUUAAAAACCGAGAAAACACAUGGUAAUGAACAGUUGUUUUGAGAGUUCAAUAUCAAAAGAGUGAAAAUGAAAUAGCUCUCAAAGGGCGCCUUAAAGUUCCAAACCAUCACAUCCCUAGUGAUUGAAGCGUUCUUGGCCGGCCAUUAAGAAGUCUCCUAAGCUCAUAUUUGUUUUGUUCUUCAAAGUGUUAUUCCUGAAAUGGGAUUAGUACCUUUUGCCAAUUCAGAUAUGUGCAACAUGGGCCAUGACUAUGUCUAAUGGAUGAUACUGUGUUGCUAGGACAACAUUUGCAUUAUGGAGGCACAUUUUUGGUCCAACAUAGCUGUGCCACAAUAUCUAUGCUGAAUUGCGCUGUCUAGAUAAGACGUUGUCGAUUCGAUCUUCUCCGGAGAUUUACUGCAAAAAACUUAGGGGGAGAUUUAACUUUAAGAGGAUAGAAG